AUGGUAAAUAUUCAUUGUGAUGGUACUAAUUUUAUAGCAGUGAGAUCCAAAAUCGUAACAGAUGUAGAAGACCUUGAUCCAUCAGAAGUGCUUAAAGAAAUGAAGUCAUCACUUGCCUCAAAUUUGGAUUCAUUAUGGAGAGAUGCCAAUGGAGAAUUAAAAACGAAUGAUGAUAAAGCACGAUAUCCUUCCAUUAGAGAUGCUCAAAGUGGGACUUCUUCGCCACUUAAUGUCGACACCGAUGACAUUAUCACGUAUAUGCACUUACCUGGUUCACAACAAAAUGUCGUUCCGAUCUAUUUUCACCAACUUACUCUUUCCUCAGACGGUACAUCCGGUCAACAUGGAAAUGCUGAACUGAUCAACAUGGACAAUAAGCACUUCUCGGAUAGCUUGAAUGUCGCCGACUACAGGGAGAGUACCAAUGAAGGAUCAAAAACAGAUGCUCAAAGUGGGACUUCUUCGCCACUUAAUGUCGACACCGAUGACAUUAUCACGUAUAUGCACUUACCUGGUUCACAACAAAAUGUCGUUCCGAUCUAUUUUCACCAACUUACUCUUUCCUCAGACGGCACAUCCGGUCAACAAGGAAAUGCUGAAGAGAGCAACAUCGAUAACACAUCAAUGAAGGAUCAAAAACAGGUCAAUGAAGGAUCAAAAACAGACGAACGAAGCUACGAAUGUGUCUAUCGAGGAUGUACUAUGGUCACAAAAGAUUACAAUGAAUAUAUAGCACAUAGAAAAGCACAUGGUCAACCCUUCAUCUAUGAAUGUAAAGUGCCCGGUUGUGGACGGACAUUCGAUCGUAAACCAUCAUUUUACAAUCACAAGCAAACGCAUGAAUAUCAUCAUCAGUGCAAGUGCUGUGGCAAAUUCUUUAGUACCAAAAAUGGACUACAAAAACACAAGAAGAACUGCCCAACAAAAUUUCAUAGACGAGGUUAUGAAUGCCUUUAUUCUGGAUGUGCUGUGAUCUCGAAAAGUUUCAACGAUAAUCUAAAGCAUAAAAAAACACACAAUGAACCUUUUAUUUAUGAAUGCAAAGUGUCCGGUUGUGGACGAACAUUCAACCAUGAAUCAUCGUUACGCGACCACAAGCAAACGCAUGAACCUCCUCAGUGCAAGGACUGUGGCAAAUUCUUUUGCCGUAGGACUGCAUUAAAUUUUCACAAGAAAUCGUGUUCCAGAGCUCCUAGUUAG